AUGGCAGCUGCUGCACUCGAGCACCAUGUCAUCCCUGAUCAUCAUACGCUGAUGAGGAAGAGGCCUUCCAUCGUGGAAACUCUGAUUCAUCCCAGUGAUGAGAAUGCCCCUCAACCGGUCAACCCCAAGAAGCUCAUCGGCGAGGCUCUCCACCAGCGUGUCGAGGCCAUCGACCACGAGCUCUGCGAUGCUGGCGAGGAGGACACCUUCUACGUCGCCGACCUAGGUGACGUGUACCGCCAGCACCUCCGCUGGAAGAAGAACCUGCCUCGCGUCAAGCCCUUCUAUGCGGUCAAGUGCAACCCGGACCCCAAGGUCCUCAAGCUCCUCUCUGAGCUUGGCACUGGCUUCGACUGCGCCUCCAAGACGGAAAUCGAACAGGUCCUGUCCAUGGGCACGAGCCCCGAUCGCAUCAUCUACGCUCAGCCCUGCAAGACAAACUCCUACGUUCGCUUCGUCAAGUCUGUCGGCGUCAAGCAGAUGACCUUUGACAAUGCGGACGAGCUCUACAAGAUCGCCAAGCUCUACCCCGGAGCUGAGCUCUUCCUCCGCAUCAUGACGGACGACACCUCCAGCUUGUGCCGCCUGAGCAUGAAGUUUGGCGCCGCCAUGGACACCACUGAAAGCCUCCUCAGCUUGGCCAAGGACCUCGACCUGAACGUCGUUGGUGUCAGCUUCCACGUUGGCUCCGGUGCUUCGGACCCCAUGGCUUUCUUCCAGGCCGUCCGCGAUGCCCACACUGUCUUCCAGCAGGGUCGCGAGUAUGGCUUUGCCAUGCGUACCCUCGAUGUGGGUGGCGGCUUCACUGGCGACACUUUCGAGGACAUGGCCGCCGUCCUGGACGGUGCCUUGACCGAGUUCUUCCCUGCUGGCUGCGGCGUCGAUAUCAUUGCUGAACCUGGUCGUUACUACGUCUCCUCGGCUUUCACCAUUGCCUGCAAUGUCAUUGCGCGCCGCACUGUCGAGGACCCCACCCUCGACGGCAAGGGUUACAUGAUUUACGUCAACGACGGUGUAUAUGGCAACUUCUCCUCCAUCAUGUUUGACCAUCAGAACCCCGUCGCCAAGAUCCUGCGCGCCAGCGGUCAAACGCUCUACGAUACCCCCAUCGCCAACCCUGUACCCAUCGCCGAGGGCGUCGAGUACUCAGUCUGGGGUCCCACCUGCGACGGCAUCGACCGCAUUGCGGAGAGCAUCCGUUUUGACGCCAUUCUGGACGUCGGCGAUUGGCUCUACUUUGAGGACAUGGGUGCCUACACCAAGUGCUCUGCCACUCAGUUCAAUGGCUUCAGCAACGCUCACGAUGUCAUCUAUGUCUGCAGCGAGCCUGGUGCGGAAGCCCUCAUUCGGCUGUAG